UCUGCAACCACACAGACGCAUGGGACUGGGUUUACACCAUGCAGCCUGCCUACAUGUCCAUCAUAUGCCUUCUGGGGGUGAUCGGCAACUCCUUCGUGCUUUGUGUGUUCUGUUUCCAGAAGAGGCGCAGCUCCGUCGCCGACAUUUACCUGAGCAAUCUGGCAGCGGCAGAUCUCCUCAUGGUUUCCUGUCUGCCAUUCUGGGUCGCAACCAUUAUCGACAAGUUCCACUGGAGAUUCGGACAGUUCAUGUGCCAGCUUAUUAGCAUUGUCAUUGGGAUGAAUUAUUACUGUAGCAUGCUGUUCCUCACAGUUGUGAGCGUGGACAGGUAUGUGGCCCUUACCAGACCGCUGUCCCAGGGAAGGCAGAGACAGGCCUUCUGGGCACGUGGGAUUUGCUUCGGUAUCUGGAUCGCUGGGAUUUUGCUCAGUUUCCCUGCUGUUCUCUUCCGCUCCGUGCAGUUCUUCCCUCAUCUGGGGGUCGAUGCGUGCUACCUAGCGUACCCGCACGAAGGGUGGAGAUUGCGCUACAACAUAACUGUCAGCAUAGUCGGCUUUCUUAUUCCUGUCCCCAUUGUGUCAUUCUGUAGUUACCACAUCAUUAAAGUCAUUCGAAGCAGCCGAAAAAUGAGAAAAGGCAGCAGAGGAAGUGUGGAGAGGAAGGCAGCGUGCCUUGUGCUUGUUGUUCUGGCCGUGUUUGUUCUCUGCUGGCUGCCCUACCAGAUUCUGAUGUUCUUGGACACCUUGGAUCACUAUGAAGUCAUCUCUGGAUGUACAUGGGCGCAUGUGUUGGACAUUGGCAACCAGUUAGCUACAUACCUUGGCUAUAGCAACAGCUCACUAAAUCCUUUCCUGUAUGUGAUUGUGGGGAAGCACUUCAAGCAGAGGGCAAAGGAAGUGUUUCAGCUUGUGGUGUGCAGGAGGAAAGAGCAACGGAAGAAGUCUGGUCACUCCAAUGCCAAUCUUAACUCAACUAAGCAAACAGAGAGUACUAAAAUCUAGCUCUCUCUACACACAUAGAGAACAUAUGGACUGAAAAAGAGUUGUUAAAGAAAUACAUUUAGUAAACCUGCAGUGACAGAGGUGUGAUUUAAUAAGCCUUUACCAUUUGAGAAAGCAUUUUGGGAAAUACAAUUAUGUGCCUUCUUGCUGAGAGUUUGAGGAGACAGCCAAAACCAUUUCCCUGUCUUUAUGGUAAAUCUGAUGCUUUUUCUAGCAGCUGUUCAGCUCAACAUGGCAAAAAGACGGGAGACGAGGGGAACUGACUAGCCUGGCUCCAUCUGAAGCUUAAUUAUUAACAUGCUGUAGCUCGUUCAUUUCCUCCAGACAAAAAGACACACUCCCUACCGCAUUAUGUUGCGUUUACAACAUAAUUUCAUUUUCUGAGUUUAGCAUAACAAGAUAUAACAUGUUAAGCGGUGAUCUCAGAGCUGACGGCAGGAUGCUUUUGCUUUCAUAAUUACUGUAGAAACAUGAGAAUGGUGCAAAUCUGACUACAUAUUUGGCAAGACACCUCAUUGCCAUAUUUAUUAAAGCAUUAAACUAAGAUUGUAGUUUAUAGAAGACUCUGCAACUUUGCUGUUUUGUUUGGGAUAAAUCCCCUCCAAAGCUACCCUUGACCUGCAAUCCUGAACUUAAGUCCAUAUUGAAUUUAAUUUAUUGUGAACUCUGGUUGCUUUUUAAAGUCACUCACUUCUGUUGCUGUUGACAAAGAAAGGAUGUUGUUUUUCUAAGACAGUGAGGUUUCUUGAAUGGCCUCAUGUUGAAACUGGCUUUUGAAUGUACUCCAACAGAUGUAAGAAUAUGUAUACAAAAAUGAAUCCAUGUUUGUUUUAUGGGAACUGGAGCAUACAGAGUGAACAUAUUGCUUUAAUCUAUGUAUUUUCAAUAUACUUAAACACUAAAUGAAAAAGGUGUCCCCUAAUGCUUUAAAAUAAUAAGUAAAUCAACAAUGUAUGGGUGUUAAUGUCCUAAAUAAAGUCUCAUCUGUGACUAUUAGA